AUGUACCUUGUAGUAUGUAACGGUACAUACUAUCUAGGUAUUCCGAAAAAUUCUGGACCGUUGAUGUUGGAAAUCCUUCCGGAAGCUUUUGAUCUUGAUCGAAUGAUGAAUGGGAAUGGGAGCCGAGAGUUAAUUCACAUCACCCUACAUACCGCAUACCGCAUAUCUCAAUCACAUAUCGAUGAAGAAAUCCAGGGGCGAAAUGGUCCAGCCCUAAAUCCGUUGGAUCUUGAUAAGAAGAUGAAAAACUAUUGA